UACCGCGCAUGCGCUAACUGGUUUGUAGGUGGAAGGAGAACCCCAGCGUGGGAAACUGAAGUGUUUGUUUCGCGUUUUUAAAGCAGUUAUAAAAUCUCCUGUCUUCUCCCACAGCUCCAAAAAGUUCUUUCACACCAACCAUGGACAACAUAUGGGAAGAAUGUAAGGUCCAGGCUUUUGACACAGAAACUCAGAACUUAGUCAAAGCAGCAUUCAAAGACCCUACUGCAGUGGACUUGGGAAAACUGUCUGAAACCAUUGUGGACCAGGCACUGAAGGACAGGUCAUUGUGCAGAGAUGCAGGCCAUGUUUGCUCUGCUUUAGUGCAGAUGGAGGCAAAACACGGCAACACGAGUGUGUUCCGGCGGAACCUGCUGACUCGGCUCCAGAAAGAGUUCACAGCGAGGGAAGAAACACGCAAGCGGUCUGUGCAGGAAUGGGUGUGCGUCGUCUGCUUCAUCUGUAACAUAUUUGAUCAUCUUAAAGUAAACAACGCCCCUAUGGCUGCUCUGGUGGAUCCAGUGUACGACUGUUUGUUCAGGUUGUCUCAGCCGGAUGCUCUGGUGAAUGAGGAGGAGGUGGACUGUCUGGCUCUACAGCUGCACCGAGUGGGUGAACAGCUGGAAAAGCUGAACAGCCAACGCAUGGACCAGCUGUUCUACCUGCUGCGAGAUGGCUUCCUGCUGCAGGACUGCCUGAGCUCCAUGACCCGCCUGCUUCUGCUGGAGGUUCUGGAGUAUCGGGCCAGCGGUUGGACACUGAGUGCAGCGGCCCAGCGCUACUACUACAGCGAGGUGGUGGACUGAAGCAGCAGGAGCCAAGAUAACCCUGUGGGUCAGUACGUUACUGGCUCUAGAGUUCAGCCAGGUGUUCCGGUACUGUUGCAGACCGGUUGGAGAGAGUUUACAGGGGAUUUGGGAAGUCUGAGCUCAGUACAGUUGAGACAGCUGCCUCCGUGUCUGGGCUCACUGUUUGUAGCUCUGCUCAUGUAUGUGUGUCUGUGUUUGGUUAUACAGUGUUCAAUGUUGAAGAUGGUUCUAAAUGGUUCUGUUGUUUCAAUUAUAAGAAGUAAGUUUGGGUGUGAAGCCGUUGAGAAACACAGCCUGAUAUGAUCAGGUGAAUACAAAAUACCAAAUAUUUGGUUGCAUGUUUAGUGGGUACUUAUGGAAGCCCACCCCAAAAAGAGUAUUUUUUUCUUGGUCUUAUUUCUUGGUUUGAUUUCCAAAUUUUGUAUGUCAAGUUUUAAAUGGUAUCUGUAAGUAAUGACAUGUUUUCCCCUUUUCAAAUUUUAUCAAGACACGAUUGGAUAUUUCUUUUUGUUGUUGUAAGUUUAAGAUUUGGAAAACAAUCAUAACAAAAGCAAAUAUUUUUAUAUUUUGAGAAACUAAGUCAUUAUUUUGUCAUUGCAAUUCCAUAUUAUGAAAAAAUUGUUUAUUUUGAAAGUUUUAAGACAUUUUAAUGCAAGUCAAUAUCUUUAAAAGAUUGUUUUAACAUUAUAUUUAACCUGUUUAAAUUGUGAUAAAGUAACUCAUUCUAUUUUCAAUCUUUUGCUGUGUCAAAAGAAUGACUUAGUAUCUCUAAAAAUUUCCCAUUCUAUGAGAAAAUUAUAAUGCUGACUUGUUUUAUUUGAAUAAAGUGACAGCUAAGUAAGCCUAAUCCAUUAUGGUCUUCCAUACUUACUCUGACUCUUUACCACUGGUGCUUUAAAAACUUUGUGAAUUAUAUAUUUUUGUUUAUAUUUGUAUCCAUUUUCUUACAUUUCAGUACAUAAAUUGUGUAAGAGGAUCAGUCUGGUCUGAUGGCACUGUUUGACAGUUUUCAGUUUAAUUGUAUAAAACCCUGUUUUACUGUUUUUGUCUUGACAAUAAAGGUUUGUAUUCUUUGAGUAAAGUUUAUAAUAAAGAUACUUUUU